CAGCAUGAUGACGUCACCUUUAAAUGUUUACGGUUAGCCGUUAGCGGCAGGAAAAAUGCGGCAGACUGAGCCGCUCUUUAAAAAGUAAAACCUCGCUGAAUCUCAGGAUUAUUAUUAUUUUUUUUACAUUUAAAAUGUCUAUUAGGACGUCUUACUUUUACGACCCAGAUGUGGGAAACUUUCAUUACGGUGCCGGUCAUCCCAUGAAGCCUCACCGUUUGUCUCUCACCCACAGUCUGGUGUUGCAUUAUGGGUUAUAUAAAAAGAUGAUGGUUUUUAAGCCGUACAAAGCCUCUCAGCACGACAUGUGCCGGUUCCACUCUGAAGAUUACAUCGACUUCCUGCAGAAGGUCAGCCCCAACAACAUGCAGGGCUUCACCAAGAGCCUGAACACCUUCAACGUUGGAGAUGACUGUCCUGUGUUUCCAGGACUCUUUGAGUUCUGUUCCAGAUACACGGGGGCGUCUCUGCAGGGCGCCACGCAGCUCAACCACAAGAUCUGUGACAUCGCCAUCAACUGGGCUGGAGGUUUGCAUCACGCCAAAAAAUUUGAGGCGUCGGGAUUUUGCUACGUGAACGACAUCGUCAUCAGCAUCCUGGAGCUUCUCAAGUACCACCCCCGAGUUCUGUACAUCGACAUCGACAUUCACCACGGAGACGGCGUCCAGGAGGCCUUUUACCUGACGGACAGAGUCAUGACCGUGUCCUUCCACAAGUAUGGGAACUACUUCUUCCCGGGAACGGGUGACAUGUACGAGGUGGGGGCCGAGAGCGGACGCUACUACUGCCUCAACGUCCCCCUGCGAGACGGCAUCGACGACCAGAGUUACCGGCAGCUGUUCCAGCCGGUCAUCAAGCAGGUGGUGGAUUACUACCAGCCCACCUGCAUCGUCCUGCAGUGUGGGGCCGAUUCCCUGGGCUGCGACAGACUGGGCUGCUUCAACCUUAGCAUACGGGGACACGGGGAGUGCGUGGAGUUCGUGAAGAGUUUUAAGAUUCCUCUGCUGGUGCUCGGAGGAGGAGGGUACACUGUGAGGAACGUGGCUCGCUGCUGGACCUAUGAGACAUCUCUGCUGCUGGAGGAAUCCAUCAGCGACGAGCUGCCGUACAGCGAAUAUUUCGAGUACUUUGCCCCAGACUUCACGCUGCAUCCUGAUGUCAGCACCAGGAUCGAAAACCAGAACUCCAGACAGUAUCUGGAACAGAUCCGUCAGACCGUGUUUGAAAACCUGAAGAUGUUGAACCACGCGCCCAGCGUCCAGAUCCACGACGUCCCGUCAGACAUGCUGAGCUACGAACGCACAGACGACCCCGACCCAGACGAGAGGGGAGCUGAGGAGAACUACACCCGACAAGAGGCAGCGAAUGAAUUCUACGACGGCGACCAUGACAACGACAAAGAGAGCGACGUUGAAAUUUAAGGCUGGAGGAUUUCUGAGAGACGAUCGUUGUGGACAGUUAAGGAUUUGGAAAACACUUUGUUCAUCUGGUUUUUUUCAAUGUGGUUUUUGUGUUUUGUUUUUUUUUAAAUAAAUGUUUUUAGCUUUUA